AUAUCUUUUCCAACUUGGCGACGAUCGCUGUAUGCCUUUUGGACAUUCAUGGUGGGUUAUUGUAUGUUUGUGCUGUCGCUGAUUUAUACAUUUCAAUUUCAUGGAUUUCCGAAAUUGUACAAUCAGUAUUUGGGAAUGUCCGAAGACGUUCUAAAAUCAAUCGGACUCGAGCGAUUCUCCAGUGGUCGACUGUUUGUGAAGCUCUUAACACCGAUCAGUUUCCUCAUAUUCACGCUCAUACAGAUGAACUUUUUCCACGAAAAUCUUAUGGAAAGAACCGGCAAAUGGGAAAAGGCCUUCUAUCAUAAUCGAUCACGCCUAGCCACAAUGCUGGGCAAAUUUCAUAAGAGAAACGUUGGUUUAAUGAAUGUUUUUCUGAAAGGUGCCGUUUUUAAACGUAGUGCCAACAAAAAGUAUGAUCUGCUUUUUUUUCGUUAUAUUUCAUUUAAAUUCGUCAAUGUUUUAUGUCAAGUACCAUGA